UUCUAUAGGAUAAACAUAAUAAUUCGAUAGGAGAAACGAAAUAAUUCAGUUUCAGAGAGAUUUCAGUGGGGACUCACUGAUACUCAAACCCUCAGACACUUGUUGAACUCGACAUCGUGCGCACAUUUUCGGAACCGGUCUUUCGAGUAUUUUCGGAUAUUUCGUCAAUUUAUUGCGAAGCUGUUUUUUUGAUAUUAUUCAGGGGAUAAUAAUCUCAUCAUGGCUGGAAAUUUGGCCCUGUUAAGUGUAUCCGACAAGACGAAUCUUCUGCCCUUCGCCAAGAAGCUCAACGAGUUCGGAUUGACAUUAGUCGCCUCUGGAGGAACUGCAAAAUCUCUGCGAGAAGCUGGACUCUCCGUUAAGGAUGUAUCUGAUAUCACUGGAGCUCCAGAAAUGCUGGGGGGACGUGUCAAGACCCUCCACCCCGCCGUCCACGGCGGGAUCCUGGCGAGACUUUCUGAUUCCGACAAAGCGGACAUGACCCGCCAGCACUUCGACUACAUUCGAGUGGUCGUUUGCAACCUCUACCCUUUCGUCAACACCGUCAGCAAGCCCGAUGUCGCAAUCGACGAUGCAAUUGAGAAUAUUGACAUCGGUGGAGUGACGUUAUUGAGAGCUGCCGGCAAGAAUCACGCCAGGGUCACGGUAAUCUGUGACCCCAGUGAUUAUGAAAAGGUCAUCAGCGAAAUGGAAAUAUCCGCUGGUAAAGACACAUCUCCAGUGACAAGGCAACAGCUGGCCCUGAAGGCCUUCACCCACACCGCGCAGUACGACGAGGCAAUAUCCGAUUACUUCCGCAAGCAAUACAGCUCAGGAAUCUCCCAGCUGUCCUUGCGCUACGGUAUGAAUCCACACCAGAAGCCAGCCCAAAUUUUCACAACCCUGGAGAAGCUCCCCCUGACCGUGGUGAACGGUUCUCCAGGCUUCAUAAACCUGUGCGACGCCCUCAACGCAUAUCAACUGGUAAAAGAGCUGCGCUCAGCCCUUAAUCUCCCAGCAGCAACAUCCUUCAAGCACGUGAGCCCAGCUGGAGCAGCUGUUGGAGUUCCCCUGGAUGCUGUCCAGGCGAAGCUGUGCCAGGUGGACGACCUGAUAGAUCAGCUGACACCCCUGGCGACUGCAUACGCGAGAGCACGAGGGGCAGACAGAAUGUCAUGCUUCGGGGACUUUGUCGCCCUCUCGGACACUUGCGACGUACCCACAGCCAAAAUCAUCUCCAGAGAGGUAUCUGAUGGGAUCAUAGCCCCUGGCUACACCCCCGAGGCCCUCGAGAUUCUCAAGAAAAAAAAGAAUGGAGGCUAUUGCGUCCUCCAAAUUGACCCCAAUUACGUUCCCACACCCGUGGAACGCAAAACUCUGUUUGGACUGACAAUGGAGCAGCCCAGGAACAACGCAGCCGUUGAUAAAACCACUUUUGAUAAUCUCGUUAGUAAUAAUAAAGAUUUGACAGACUCUGGGCGCAGGGAUCUGAUUGUUGCCAUGAUUGCUGUCAAGUACACGCAGAGCAAUUCUGUGUGCUACGCCAAGGAUGGGCAAACCAUCGGUAUUGGAGCUGGACAGCAGUCCAGAAUCCACUGCACCCGAUUGGCAGGUGAUAAAGCUGACAACUGGUGGCUCAGACAGCAUCCCAAGGUCACGGGGAUGAAAUUCAGGAAAGGGGUCAAGAGGGCAGAAAUCUCCAAUGCUAUUGAUAAUUAUGUUAAUGGCUCUGUGGGAAAGGACAUGGAUCGUAAACAAUGGGAGGCCUUUUAUGAGGUCGUGCCUGAAAUGCUCACGGAGGACGAGAGGCUGCAGUGGGCUAGGAAACUCGAGGGUGUCGCUAUUGGAAGUGACGCAUUCUUCCCGUUCAGGGAUAAUGUGGAUAGAGCUAGACUCAGUGGCGUGAAAUAUAUCGCUAGUCCAGCUGGUUCCACCAAUGAUCAUGUUGUGAUCGAGGCAUGCAAUGAGCAUAACAUCAUCUUGGCGUACACUGAGCAUCGCUCCUUCCAUCACUAAUUGAAUCAUUUGAAAAAUGUAUUUUUAAUACGUUGAUAUUAUGAAUAAUGUGUAAUUGUGUACGGCUGUUUAUUAAUAACAACAUUUCUAUAUUCUGAAUUCUUUUUAGACAUGGUACAAUUAUAAAAAUAUAACAUCGAA